AUGGCGCCGAGGAGGAAGCGGAAGGCUGCUCCCGCCGCCAAGCAGAAGCUGCCCCCGCCGCCGCCCGGCCCCGACGCACCGGUGCAGGAGCAACUGCACUGGCUCGCCGACCAAGAGAUUGAACGUCGGAAGGCUGCCAUCAGAGCCAUUCAAGCAGCAGAGAAUGAGAGUGUACUUUCCCGGCUGCAUUUGGUGCGAUCCUACAUUUCGAUGGAGCAACAGGAAACAUGGGCCUUGCAAUUUUUUCAGGAGAAUUUGCCCAACGUGUCUGUUGUAAGGAACGAGCAGCAAGAUGAGCUUGAGUUGACAUGGAAAGGGUGGGAUCAUUACAUAAAUGGAGACCAGAGGAAUGACAAGAUUUCACGAUCUUCGAUCACGUCGUUGGCAACUGCUUCUGGUUUUCAUUUCUCAGGAGAUUCAGUACAGAAGAACUUCAUUGAGAGUAGUUUUGAUCUUAACAACUUUACUUGGAGUGAGCUACCCGAAGGCCAAAUGACAGAAGCAGGGGAUUCUGUACAGACACCCGGGGCUACGAGUACUCGACUCUCUUUUGGCAUGAUACCAAAAACUGUAAGAUUACCCAAGAAAUGGUGAGGUGCUC